ACUCAUUGAAUGUUUGCAAUAAUAGAGUCGUAUAAACAUUGAAUGCAAUAAUAGUUUGCUAUUGACUUGUAUUACAUUAACAUUAAGUCAAUUGCCAUUACAUCUAAAGUUAAUAUUGUAUUGACUUUUAUUGACAUAACAGUCGAUACCAUUGUUUUGCAAUCAAUUAUCACUUAAUAUGUUUAAGUCUUCGGCAACAUUUGAUCGACUUUUAGAUCGGGCCACAAGUCUGACCAAUUUGGAGCCCGACUGGAACGCCAUUCUUCUGAUAUGUGAUACAAUCAGACAAAAUGAUGUCCAACCAAAGUAUGCCGUGAACGCCAUUAAAAAGAAAUUAUACGCAACUAAUCCUAAUGUUGAACUUCUGGCUAUUCAGGUGUUAGAGUCGUGCGCCAAGAACUGUGGCACACCUUUUCAUAACGAGAUCGCAACGAAAGCAUUUAUGGAAGAGCUUAGAGACAUUGUAAAGAUGUCUUCGGACACAAAAGUGAGAGACGAGAUAUUGAAGUUGAUUCAGGUUUGGGCGCACGCCUUCCGCAACGAUUCCAACUUUCGUGUCGUUCAGGACACUGUCAAUCUGAUGAAGAUUGAAGGCUACAAAUUUCCGGUUCUUAAAGAAAGUGACGCCAUGUUUGCAGCCGAUUCGGCACCCGAAUGGGCCGACGGUGAAUGUUGUCAUCGAUGUCGCACUCAGUUUUCAAUGGUUCAAAGGAAACAUCAUUGCCGUAAUUGUGGACAAAUUUUUUGUCAAAAAUGUUCGUCAAAGAUGUCACCAAUUCCUAAAUAUGGAAUUGAAAAGGAGGUCCGCGUUUGCGACGAUUGUUUCGAUAAAUUGAAUAAAUUGAUAAAACCUGUGGAACAAUUGACAACAAAGUCAGGAACGACUUCAGCUGAGUCACCAUACAGUAGUGUCAAAAGCAAGAAUGAAACGACAAAAAGUGAACGCGAAAUACAAGAAGAAGAAGAACUUCAAUUGGCUUUGGCUUUGUCUCAAUCAGAGGCUGAAUCUAAGGAAAGAGAGAACAAAAUGAGAUCAUAUUCAACGCCUUCAUAUUCUAGUGGAACCACUAAAUCAAGUCUUAAGACGAGCUCUCCGAAGAAAUUGGACUCUUCAACAAAAUCAUUAUCUAAUAACAGCAUUGAGAUUUCAGAUCCUGAACUUUCUCGUUAUCUAAAUAGAGAAUAUUGGGAACAAAAGUCUAUGAGCUAUCAAUUGGAUGAAUCGACGGCUAAUAAGCCAACGCCAAGUGCUCCACAACCGCAACAACUUCUAAACAAUUCAGUGAAGACAAGUGGAAAUAUAGGCUCAGAUUCUAACAAAUCAAAGUAUAAUAUAACCAAUGGCUUAGACGAUGAAAUGGAAUCGUUUUUGGUGUCAUUGAAGUCUGCAAUUGAGAUAUUUGUCAAUAGAAUUAAUUCCAAUCAAUUGAGAGGUCGUCCCAUUGCUAAUGACAGUGCUGUCCAAUCACUGUUUAUGAACAUAACAAACAUGCACUCAACACUUCUGGCUUAUAUCCAGCAACAGGACAAUGAUAGGACACACUUUGAAUCACUUCAAGACAAAUUGGGACAAAUACGUGAUGCAAGAGCUGCUUUGGAUGCACUCAGAGAGGAACAUAGGGAACAAAUGAGACGUGAAGCUGAAGAGGCUGAAAGAUUGAGACAACAACAAAUGGCUCAGAAAUUAGAGAUAAUGAGGAAGAAAAAGCAAGAAUAUCUACAAUAUCAGAGAGAAAUAGCUUUACAGAGAAUGCAAGAACAGGAACGGGAAAUGAUGUUAAGACAGGAACAACAAAAAUAUAUUCCCAAUGUUUGGCAUCCUUCACAACCUGUUCCACAAGCAUUAUCAUCUGUUAUACCCCAAAGCUUACCACAAUCUGUUCCUCAAGUUAUGUACUCAAAUGGUCCACAAGCAAUGCCAUCAAAUUAUGUCCCGUAUGGUCCACCAACUGGACCGCAACCACUUGCGAAUCAAACCAUUCAAUAUGGAGCACCAAAUACUUUGGCAACUUCUGGACAAAAUGUUAAUUUAUAUGGACAACAAAAUAGUGGUCCUCAGUAUCCACCUCCAGCACCACAACCGCCACCGUUGCCUACCACAACACAAACACCACAAUCCUCGCAUAUAGGAGGAGCUCAACAAAUAAAUCCAUAUAAUAUGCAGAAUAUGAUGAAUACUUUACCACAAAUUCCAGUUAAUGUUGUUCAGGGAUCCAUUAUGUCAAUGAAUGCACCGGUAGGGCCACACACUGAUGGUUCGCAACAGAAUCCGGUACCACAAGCAAUGGAAGCGCCGCUUAUAUCGUUCGAUUGAUUUAUUUAUAAUUAAAAAUAAUUUCUAUUUAAAUGGAUUAUUUUAUAGUCAAUAAUUGAGGUAAUUAAGGAUUUAUGGCUUUUAAUUAAAACUUAAAAAACUGCUUUAUUUUAUA